GGAGGCGGCGGCUCGGGCCACAGCGUAGUGCGCGUUGAGGCUUCGCUGGGAGCACAGUCCUGCUAUUGAUCGCGCCGAGACUCCCGCCGGAGCGCUCCGCCUCGCCGCCGCGACGACACAGCACGGCGACGACGCGAAACGUCACAUCUGACAUCAGAAAAGCGCGCCUUUUGCGGGGGAUUGCUUGGCGACCCGCCGUUUACUCGGCCAGGCCCGCCUCCUGCUCGUGCUGCUCGGAGCCGACGGCGUGCCACCCCCGCGCCGGCGGACCACCCUGCCGGUCGCUGCCGAGUACGACUAUGCUGCCGCCGCGGCGCCCGGGCAACACCAAGGCGACCAAUCGGGGCAGCUGACCGAGCCGCCACCCCACCAGCCCCACCACUCCAUCUAGUCACAUCGCAGCCAUGGCGCCUGGACCCAGCAGAGGCCCGCGCGGCUCGCUCUGGCUGUGGGCGGCGCUUGCGCUCGCGCUCUCGGGCUGCCUCGCCUCGCUGCCCGAGCUGGAGUGCCCCGAGGAGUGCGAGUGCCACUACUUCCGCAUCAACUGGGUGACGGACUGCUCCGAGGGCAACCUCACCGACAUCCCCAACGACAACAUGAGCCUGAGCGUCUACAUCCUCAACAUGAACGGCAACAACGUGACGACCUGGCCCACCUUCCCGGCGGACAUGAAGCUGCGCCGGCUGCAGGCGGCCGACAACCACGUGCAGCGCGUCACCAAGGACAUGUUCCAGGGCCUGGGCUACCUCAUCGACGUGGACCUGUCCGGCAACAGCAUCACCGCCGUGGACCCCGAGUCCUUCAAGGACAGCCCGGGUCUGCUCACGGUGGAGCUGCAGAACAACCCCAUCGGGCUGGAGCCCGUGGACGGACCCUUCCUGCACUCGCAGACGCUGCUCUAUCUGGACCUGAGCGACUGCAACUUCACGCGCCUGUCGACGCAGUUCUUCUCCGGGAUCAGCGCGCUGAACCGCCUCGACCUGUCGGGCAACCCGCUGGCCGAGCUGCGGCCGGCCGUCCUGGACCCGCUGGCCAGUCUGGAGCACCUCAAGCUCAACCGCUGCAACCUGACGUCGCUGUCGGAGCGCGCCUUCAGCAAGCAGGAGCACCUCAAGACCCUGGAGCUGGCCGGCAACCGCCUGACGGACGUGGACUGGGUGGCCGUGCUGCAGCCGCUCGUGCGCCUCGAGCACCUCGACCUGCGCGCGUCCAGGGUCACGUACCUGCCCGAGGACGUGUUCGCCAACAACAUCUGGAUCCGCAGCCUGAUCCUGGCCGAGAACGAGCUGCGCGACCUGGACGUGGCCACGACCCUGGGCCACAACCUGCGCCACCUGGACCACCUGGACCUGUCCAACUGCCACCUGCGCGGCCCGCUGUCCGAGGACGCGUUCGCCAACGCGACGCGCCUGCGCUCGCUGCUGCUGUCCGGGAACAGGCUGUCCGCCUCGGACCUGGCCGUGGCGCUGGCGCCGCUGUCCAAGCUGCAGCGGCUGUCCCUCCGCAACUGCUCGCUGCACCGUCUGCCGGACAACACCUUCCACCGCUUCAGCGAGCUGCAGGAGCUGGACCUGUCCAACAACCCGCUGCAGGACGCGUUCACGUCGCUGCUGUCGCCGCUCGAGACGCUGGAGCGCCUGGACAUGGGCUACUCCAACCUGGGCUACAUCUCGCGCACCACCUUCUCCAAGAUGACCGCCCUCAAGACGCUCGUGCUGUCGGGCAACCCGCUCAACACGCUCGAGUCGGGCCUGUUCCAGAACCUGACGCACCUGGAGACGCUCGAGCUCAACAACUGCGGCCUUGUUCGCGCCAUCAACCCCGUAGUGUUCGACAACGCCACCUACAGUGACCUGCGCGAGCUACGGCUGGCCGGCAACCCGCUCAAGGUGACCGCCGACUCGGGUCCGCUGCUGCCCAGCCAGCUGUGCAAGGUGCGCGUGCUGGACCUCAGCAACUGCAACCUGACGGUGCUGCCGGCGGACGCCUUCAACACGACGCAGAACAUCACCCGCCUGCUGCUGGGCGGCAACCGCAUCUCGUCGCCCGUAGCGAGCGACCGCGGCCUGCCCUUCCUUGAGCACCUGCCCAACGUGGAGCUGCUCGACCUCACGUACAACAACCUCAGCCGGCUGUCCCCGGCCGUGUUCAGGAAGAACCACCAGCUCACGACGCUCAAGCUGGUGGGCAACCCCUGGCAGUGCGACUGCUCCAUCGCGGAGCUGUGGGAGUGGGCGCUGAACUGGCGCGGCGACCUGGGGCUGCUGGCGGGCUCCACCAUCACCCCCGAGGACACGGUGGCGGGCGCCGCCAAGCGCAGGCGCACCCUGGCCUGCUCCUUCCACCCCAAGACCAGCCCGCUGUCCGAGUUCUCCCGCUCGUGGAAGCGCGGCCGCGAGUUCACGCACACGGUCAACCGCACGUGGGCCAAGUACGUCCGCGAGUCGGGCUGCGAGCCCAGCAAGACGCUGGUGUCGGCUCGCUUCGCCCGGGACGUCGCCGCCGUGGACUUGGACGACGUCGAGGCGGAUGCCGUGCCUCUCCUCGAGGACGUGGAGGUGGGGGCCGACAACGAGCAGCCGUCGGCGGGAAGGAGGCGGGGAGCGCGGGCCGCCCCCCAGGAGCCGGUCGUGGCCCGACCCUCAGCGGCGCGCGCCCCCGGGGCCUCCGUGGGCACGGUGGCCGCCGUCGGCGUGGUGGCCCUCGUCGCCCUGAUCGUCGCGGCGGGCGCCAUCGCGUCCGUGGCGUCCAGGGCCGCGGCCAGGCAGAAGCAGGACGCUGCGGGAGGACUGGGGCUCCACGGCGCGGGGGCGGCGGUCGCGGCCGACGCACACGGCCUGGAGGUGGGCAGUCUGGAGAAGAUGAAGCACCUGUGACGAGGGAAGGAAGAGAAGCGAUGCGGCACAUGGUUGCGAUCGAACAGCCGUACGGUGCGUAUCUCCUGCAGGCAAUAUACUGCGUUCUCCUACAAACGACCAUGUGAAUCUUUUGUUUAAUGAGUCGAGCGGGGUUUUGGUCUUAUCUCUACUAAAACAUGUUCUACAGAUGUUCCUUCGACACCCCCAUCCCCCCACCCCCUUUUCUAAAACAUGAUGUAGGUUUAAACUUUUGCUUUAAAUGCCAAUGCUAUUAUUACAAAAAUGACUCUUGGAGGCGUCUUUGCAAACCCCACCUAUAGUACCUUAGCUAUUUUUGUUAAUGUGGUAGGUAAUUUAUUUUGGUGUGUUGUUGGUUGGAUGUCAACCAUGAUAAACACUUUCAUGCUAUCUUUGACUCCAGUCCAAAACUUUACUUUGAAAAAUGUGUGGUGUGAGCAUGGCCACCAAUUAUUUUCUUGCAUGCUGUCUUCAGUUUGUAAAUUUAUUAUUCUUUUAUUGUUGAUAAAAUUAUUAGUUUUGAGAACUGUUUUGCACUGGACCAAAUGGACUCCUGUUUUAGGUAGCUUUGUCUUUUCUUUUCAUCCAAUGCACUGUAUUGAACCGCACGUUCGCAUCGGCGUGACCUCACGAGCGGUCACUGGGGUCACUGGUGAAAUGACGGUCCGGUGACCUCUUCCAAGGCGAUUGAGAGGCUGCGACCUCCGAGGAGGUCACACCAGAGAAAUAGUUCCUGGAUCAAUCCCAAGCAAAAUUCAAAUUUUCACAUGGCAGCUACAGCUACAUCGUACACCCCCGCCUCUGUGACCUCCCUUGACCUCCGCCUCGGAGUUCAUCGAACUGGAGGACAUACGACCACUUUGUUUGCCGGUGCGAACGUCUUAGUGAAAUAUGGUGCCAUUAUUACUAUAAGCAUCGAGUAAUUGACCUUUGUAAUAAUUGCUGUCCUGAGCCAAAUGUGAUGAUCUUUGAUAUGUGUGUACUAGAUAUUAUGUAGUAUUGUGAAGUAGAUGUUAUUUCUAGAUAAAUGUGAUCAAAAAAAUUAAAUAGGGCUGUGUGCAAAAUCUUAGAUUUAAUCUAUAAGUUAUAUUCUCAUCAUUAUUAUUAUUAUAAAAAUGUUUUCAUCACCUGAUCAUUUAUUAUUUUACUAUGUAUAAGGCUUGUUCUUCCCUCACCCAGGAGGGCGAUCGGAGAGCUCCCUGAAAACAACCGGAAACGCCUUCUAAAGCGACUGAAACGGGGUGAGGGGGGUGGUGGGAGGCCGGAAGUGGAGCGUUCUCAGGGAGCUCUCCGAUCGCCCUCCAGAGGAACAUCAUAGCCAACUGUUAAAAUCUAAUAAAAAUAUUGAAAACUUAA